CGUUUGGCCAGGCUUGUGUAGGAGUGGAACAUUUUACUCCUGGAAAUUUCAUCUCACUCUCAGGGUUCAGACCAAACCUUGAAGAAGUAGUACAUAUUAUAUUACUGCUUAUCAAACAAACAGUUAGCUCAAACUUCAAACACAAUCAGUUAGUGUUUCACAACAUAAUUUUCGCAUGAGGUAACGCUAACUGAGAAGUGAACCAUGGAUGACGAAUAUGAUGGUGAUGGCUGGGGAGGUGGAGAUUCGCCUGGAGACGACUCAGAGGCUGGUGAAGCUGAAAAUCCUGAAGAGGUUUUAUCUGAAUGCCUUAAGAAAUUCAGCUCUCCAGACUAUAUCAUGGAGCCUGGAAUUUUUGCCCAGCUAAAGAGGUAUUUCCAAGCUGGCGGUAAUCCUGAACAAGUAAUUGAUUUGCUCUCCGGAAAUUACAAGGCUUUUGCACAGACAGCAAAUUUACUCGCUGAGUGGCUCAUAUUGGCUGGCGUUAAAAGCUUUGAUGUCCAGUCCAUGGUAGAAAACCACUUAAAAGAUAUGGUAUUUAAGAUGUUUGAUCCCAAGAGAGCAGAUAUUAUUUUCACACAAGAGGGCGAAACGCCUGGAUGGCUGACAGAAAUCAUAGAGCACCCCACGUGGAGAUCUCUAGUUUAUCGCUUAGCAGAAGAGUACCCUGAUUGCUUGCUGCUGAACUUCACUAUUAAACUUAUAUCUGAUGCUGGAUACCAAGGUGAAAUAACAAGUAUCUCUACUGCGGCCCAGCAAAUUGAAGUAUUUUCGAGAGUGUUGAAAACUGCUAUCACAAGUUAUUUGUCUAAUUCCGAAAAAAGGCAAGCCAGCAUAGCUGAGUGUGCGAAAAUGGUUUGUCAUGGCCAGCACACCUACGUUUACAGCCAAGCCCUGCUCCAUGUGCUUUCCCAGGAACCUAAAGGCGGCUUCAGCAUUAAGCGUCUAUCUCAAGAGAUCACAAAAUGCGCGAGAGAAAAUGGUUACGACAUCACACCCAUCUUGAUGUCUCUGAAUGGAAGCUCCAGUCACCCUCCAGCUUGUGAGGCUUUGUCAUCCAUGUUCUCGCGCAGCAGUUUAAACCCAGCCGACAUCUCUUUCCUGUAUCGCCAUUACUCGUCCAAUGAUCCUCCUCCAAUUGAACUAAUCAGAACCCCACACCUGAUGGAGUUGCUGGUGGAUGCUCUUUUUCGACCCUCAGUUAAACUGAAUCCAGAGCACAAGCCCAAGUACAUAUACUUACUCGCCUACGCCGUGAGUGUGACAGAGGGAGGAAGAGGCAGGAGCAAGCCUGCAAGCAAGGAUGAAUUGAUGCCGACUAAACAAGCCAUCGAAAAAGUGCACAAUAUUUGCAGCAGCAAUCCAAGUUCAACGGAAAUAAUUGCAGAGUUGAGCACCCUGUAUAGUUGCAUCCGAUACCCAGUGGUGGCUGUCGGGGUUGUCCGCUGGGUUGAAUGUGUUGUCACAGAACCCAGCUAUUUCAAGCUCUGCACCGAACACACGCCAAUCCACUUGGCGCUGCUGGAUGAAGUAGUGACUUGUCACCAGCUGCUGCACAGAACUGUUCUGAACUUGCUCAUACAGUUGUUUGAGAGUAAGCAGGAUGAAUUGGAGAUCUUAGUGCAGUUGGAAAUGAGAAAAAUGCUGCUAGAUCGAAUGGUUUCUUUGCUAUGUGUGGGAUGUGUUGUACCUGUUGUCCAAUAUGUGAUUCAGUGCUGGCAGAGAGGUGACACAGAUAUUUCUCUCAUCAGAUACUUUGUAACUGAGGUAUUGGAGGCCAUUGCUCCACCGUACACGGGAGAGUUUGUUCAGCUGUUUCUUCCUAUGGUGGAACAUGAAGAAGUAACAGGCACCACUAGGGGUGAUGGAGAUAACGACCCUGUCUCAGAGUUCAUUGUGUACUGCAAGGCGAACUACGUGAAUUUAUAAAGUUUAUUACGACCAUACUAUUGAAUG